AUGGCGGCCAAGGCGCUUGGCCUAGUCCUCCUGGGCACUUGGGCCAUCGCAGCCCAGGGCCAGUGCGACUGCAGCCCAUGCCAAGACUACCCGGAAGAUGACUUUUCGCACCCUUGCUUCGACGACUGCGUUGUUACCGGUGACCCGCACGUGGAGAAGAGCUGGCGUCCAGGAUACGAGGACGGCUUCGACUUCCAGCCGCAAGGUAUCUGGCGCCUGGCCAAGACGGACACCUGCGGUGGCACUGUGGAGGUCCAGGCCUUCUUCUGCCACUACUUCUUCAGCCGAAUGAGCAGCGCCAUUGCGUACGCCAUCAGCAUCAACGGCGGCGACAAGUACAUCAUCAAGAAGGUCGGGGAAGAGUUCCAGGUGGGCAGCCCAAAUGUGCAGACCAUGAACUACAGCUUCGACGUGACCAAAGACCCUGUGGCUGGGAAGCUCCUGGUCAGCAACGACAAGUGCGUGCGCAUCAAGAUGAACACCGUGAACCUCUACGGUGGAACGAGGACACGAUUCCUUGAGGACCCUUACCUCAACAACAUCUUUAUGCACGUCUGGGGCUGCGCCACAAAGAAGGAGGAAGGCGGAGGCAUCUGCGGUGCUCCGAACCUCGAACCGAAGCUGUCGAAGGAGUGGAUCGAUCCCGAGAGCGAUGAGAACCUCUUCAAGACACCCGAACAGCCUGGGCUGUGGAAGGAUCUCUGCGAGUUCUGUCAGGACAAAGGUGAGGCCAUCACGCCCCCGGGCUGCCCAGCGCCACAGGGCGCGGGCGGUGGCAGCGAGCCUGGCUGCGAGUUCCUGAGGCCGUACGGCAGCAAGCGGGACACGGAGUGCGCCAUACAGCCGAACCCAACCGGUGACCCGGAGAUCGAGGCCAACAACGCCCGUAUCCGCGAGCUGCAGGGUGAGAGCCGUGAGAACUGCGCAUCUUGCCGGAGAUAUGUCACGCACGCUUCGCCCUCUGCAGGAAGCUGGGGCCAGGUGGCUUUUGCUCUUCUGAACAAUGGCCCGAAGUUUCCCGGCAGGAGUUGCAGAGACUGGUGCCAGGACCGCGGCGCUGAGUGCGUGGCUGUCCGGGACGAUGUCGGAGGAGGGAGGUUCCCCAGCAGCGAGAACACAUGCUCCCUCACGGAUGCCGACGAUCCCAAAAACUUCGUUUCGGGUACAAACACGCCCAAGACCUGUGACACCGUCAGCAGAGACACUCACUGUGUCUGCAAGAAGCCCGACAACCCGGCGCCGGGUGAGCCCGUGGAAAGGACGUGCGCGGAAGCCCGAGACGCCGCCGGCUUCCCCUUCUCGUACCUGGACUCCGCGGACCUCUGCAGAAGAGAGGCGAUGUGGCUGCAGCGCGUGAUCUACCCACCGAACACCGCACAGGCCACGCACGAACAGCGUCUGCUGCUGUACUGCGUCCAGGACGUGUGCGCUACAGACCCAGAAGACAGAGCAGAGGUGGCCCGCAGCUAUGGGGAUCGGGACCCUAACCUCAACAACAAACCCAUCAUCUGCAACGGCCCCUUGCUGUGCAACGUCAUCUGCUCUACCCAGCUCAUCCAGGAUUGGGGCGACUGCGUGAACCGCUGCGAAGGCCAUCGAUCCAUGUUGCUCCCCGUGGUCUCGCGCUAUUGCAAGAAGGGGCUCUGCCCCACACUUCUGGAGGAGGUGGAGACCGUCGGCCUCCUGCAGCGCCGAUCCAACCACUCACACAGCACCCUUGUCACCAGCUCCCGCCGGUACUCCGACGGCAGGAGGCGCCUCUACAAGGACGACGACAACGACGGCAAGGACGACGACUCGGACGAUGGCAGCCGUCGCCGCAAGGAUGACAAUGAUGACGGCAGCAGGAGGCGCAGAAAGGAUGACGAUGGCAAGGAUGACUCGGAUGAUGGCAGCAGGAGGCGCCGCAAGUACGACGACGAUGGCAAGGACGAUGACUCCGAUGAUGGCAGCAGGAGGCGCCGCAAGGAUGACGACGACAAUGGUGACAAUGGUGAUGACGACGACGGUGACGAUGACGAUUAUUCUCCGCCGGCAGAGGAGUGCUUGGAUAAGGCGACCACGUGCAGCAAGCUCUGCUACGCCUUGAAGUUGGAAGGAGAUGAGCUCAAGUGGUGCAAGCACAGGUGUACUGCGAAGUUUGGCAGCCAGCUGAAGCCGGGAUUAGACCACUACUGCAAGGAGUGCAAGCACUUCUGCGAAGACCCCCCGGCGACGACCACCACCACGACCACCACCACCACAGAGAUUACUGAGUGCCCUUUCUCCACCACCACCAAGGCUUACUUCACCACCACCCCCCGUGACGAUGACGAUAUCAAGGAUGACGAUGUCAAGGAUGACGACGUGGAUGAUGACAGUCGGAGGCGCCGCAAGGAUGACGGGGAUGAUGGCAGUCGGAGGCGCCGCAAGGAUGACGGAGAUGAUGGCAGUCGGAGGCGCCGCAAGGAUGACGACGGCAAGGAUGAUGACGGGGAUGAUGGCAGUCGGAGGCGCCGCAAGGAUGACGGAGAUGAUGGCAGUCGGAGGCGCCGCAAGGAUGACGACGGCAAGGAUGAUGACGGGGAUGAUGGCAGUCGGAGGCGUCGCAAGGAUGACGGAGAUGAUGGCAGUCGGAGGCGCCGCAAGGAUGACGACGGCAAGGAUGAUGACGGGGAUGAUGGCAGCCGGAGGCGCCGCAAGGAUGACGGAGAUGAUGGCAGUCGGAGGCGCCGCAAGGAUGACGACGGCAAGGAUGAUGACGGGUAUGAUGGCAGCCGGAGGCGCCGCAAGGAUGACGGAGAUGACGGCAGUCGGAGGCGCCGCAAGGAUGACGACGGGUAUGAUGGCAGGAGGCGCAAGGAUGACGGGUAUGAUGGCAGUCGGAGGCGACGCAAGGACGGGGACGACUGA